UCGUCGAGCUAGUCUCUUCUUUUUCUUAAGUUGUCUGAAGGUCGACUAGUACAAAUGCUCUCCUGCCUGUAAAAUCGAUCAGAUACUAAUUGACGAUUAAGGUAUAGCAAAUUACUAAGAAGAAGAAAGCAUGGCGGGGGGAUUUGUCGCCGAAACGGGAGGCAAAGAAUUUGAAGCAAAGAUCACACCUCUUGUGAUCAUUUCUUGUAUAAUGGCAGCGAGCGGAGGCCUAAUGUUUGGUUAUGAUAUUGGAAUUUCAGGGGGUGUUACAUCAAUGCCAGACUUUUUGAAAAAAUUCUUCCCGACUGUGUAUAAAAAUCAAGAACAACCAGGACUUACAGGAAAUUACUGUAAAUACGAUAAUCAAGGGUUACAAAUGUUCACAUCUUCAUUGUACCUCGCCGCUUUAAUAGCAACAUUCUUUGCAUCGUACACAACCAAAACACUAGGUCGAAAGGUGACCAUGUUGAUAGCUGGGAUUUUAUUUUUAAUUGGAACAGCUUUUAAUGCCGCAGCAAUGAACAUUGCCAUGCUCAUUAUUGGGAGGCUCUUACUUGGUUGUGGAGUUGGUUUUGCUAACCAGGCAAUUCCACUUUUUCUUUCGGAAGUUGCACCCACAAGAAUUCGUGGGGCACUUAACAUACUCUUCCAGCUUAAUAUCACCAUUGGCAUUGUCGUUGCAAAUCUUAUCAACUAUGGAACUGCCAAACUUACAACGGGAUAUGGUUGGAGAAUAUCACUGGGUUUAGCUGGGGUUCCGGCACUUCUGCUAACGGUGGGGUCUCUUAUUGUAGUAGACACUCCUAACAGUUUGAUCGAACGAGGUAAGUUGGAGGAAGGAAAAUCAAUUCUUAGAAGAAUCCGCGGUGUUGACAAUGUUGAACCAGAAUACUUGGAGAUUGUUGAGGCAAAUCGUACGGCAACACUAAUUAAAAACCCUUUCCAAAAUCUCCUAAAGCGUAGGAACAGGCCUACUCUAGUCAUUGGAAUGAUGAUGCAGAUAUUCCAACAAUUUACAGGCAUUAAUGCAAUCAUGUUUUACGCUCCAGUUUUGUUCCAGACUUUGGGAUUUAAGAGUGAUGCCUCCCUUUACUCAUCCGUAAUAACAGGACUUGUCAAUGUUCUCUCAACCGUUGUAUCAGUUGUCGUUGUGGACAAAGCUGGUCGUCGAAUGCUCUUGAUAGAAGCUGGGAUUCAAAUGUUUCUUUCUCAAAUGGGAGUUGCCGUAAUUAUGGGACUUAAAGUUAAGGAUUAUUCUAACAACCUCGGACAUAGCUUGGGAAUUCUAGUGAUUAUUCUCGUUUGUAGUUUUGUAGCCUCUUUCGCAUGGUCUUGGGGUCCUCUAGGGUGGUUGAUCCCUAGUGAGACAUUCGCUGUUGAAGCUCGCUCGGCUGGCCAGAGUAUUGUUGUUUUUACGAACAUGCUCUUCACAUUCGUUAUAGCACAAGCCUUCCUUUCAAUGCUUUGCCACAUGAAGUCUGGCAUAUUCGUUUUCUUUUCAGCUUGGGUCCUUGUCAUGACACUUUUUACCAUCUUGUUUAUUCCUGAGACCAAGAAUAUUCCCAUUGAUGAGAUGAAUGAAAGAGUGUGGAAGCAACAUUGGUACUGGAAGAGAUUUAUGGAUAGCUUUGAAGAUGGACCAAAGGGAAAUUGAUGUGGGACAAAAUUUUAGCCAAAUUCAACAAAGAAUAUCCAAAAAAAGAAGCGUCGUCAUAUUAAGAAGAAUAAUUUGAAGAUUGAAAAUUGGUAUUCAAAUAGUAUUAAGAUAUUCGUAAAUUGCUCUUUUGGAUAUAUCAGGUUUCUCAAGCAAAAUCUCGGUUGGGACCAUAAGUUUGGAAGUUAGGUAUUCUCUUAAAUCUAGGAUUUUAUUUCCAAUUUUUAUUAAAUUAGUUUUCAUUGUCUUAGUCUAUAAGGAAUUGUUAUUUACGUUUUCUAGUUCUAUUAGAUUUAGGAUUUGUGCUCUAGCUAUAUAAGCACCUUAUAAGAUUAAUGUAAUUUGAAGCGUGUGAGUUAUCGAAUAAAAGUCAAGUUAGAAAAG